UGAGCCGAAGGCAGAUGCUUAAGGACUGAGCCACCCAGGCGCCCCUGAUCAUCUUAACAUAUUUCAUCCACACCCCACCCCCAACCCUGCCUGUCAAAACCACCAAUUUUUCUCUAUCUAUGAAUUUUGUGGUUUUGUUCCUUUUAGAUUCCAUAUUUAAGUGAGAUCAUACAGUUUAUCUUUCUCUGAAUUAUUUAACUUAGCAAUAGUACCCUUGGGGUCUAUUCAUGAGUCAUAAAUGGCAGGAUUUUCUUUUUUAUGGCUGAAUAAUAUUCAAUUAUGUGUACUGCAUUUUCUUUAUCCAUUCAUUUGUAUAGGACACUUUGGUUUCAAUGCCAUGGCUAUUAUAAAUAAUCCUGCAGUGAGCAUGGGAGAACAAUUGUCUAUUUGAGAUAGUGAUUUCAUUUCCUUGGUAAGUUCAAGUAGAGUUAGUAGAUCAUAUAGUGGUUUUAUUUUUAAUUUUUUGAGGAAACUCCAUACUGUUUUCCAUAGCGGCUGCACCAAAUUUAGUGUCCUUCAUUCUUUUUAUGUCUGUAUGCAUGUUCAUUUAUGAUUUAUUUAACAAAUCACCUACUGAUGUACAUUCAUAUUGGUAUUAGUUACCUUUGCAUUACAAAAUUACUUUCCUAAAAGUUAAUAUCUAAAGACAAACAUUUGCUAAUUCUGUUGUGUGGGUCUAGAGUUGGAUUGUCUAGUGGGGCUGUUUGGACAGAGGCUCCAUGAACUAGAUGGCUUUUUUUACACCUCUAAGCCUCCACUGGAAUUGAUGGAGUCUUUCACAGGCUCUGAUGCUGCAAGAGGCUAGCCUGGGCUCUAUUUUAAUAUGUAUUAGAAGAGUUCCAAGAGACAGACCAUACCUCACUGAGCAAGUCUCGUUUUACCCUGUUUGUUAUUUGUCCUAUUGGACACAUUGGUCAGAGUCAUUAGGAAGAGAUGCUAUCCAAAAGUGAAUAUAGAGAUGCAAGAGUAGUGCAUUUGUGUAACAAGCAUUAAGAGUGUUAUUUCCUUAAAAUUGUCAAAAUUGAUGCCAUAAUUAUCCUUGUACGUGUUCUCAAAAAAGUAAAAUUUCUACUGAAUCAAUUCUUGAAAUUAAUUGCUGGCUCAAAGAGAUGAAAAGUUUAAAUGGAUAAUUGCAGGAUUGUACUCCAAAAACAUUUUACUGAUUUAUAUGCUCUAGUCUGAAUCCUGCUUCCCUAAAAACACAUCAAAUACCUAAUAUUAAAUGUGGUGUGCAUUUUAAACUUCCAACCAUGAUAAGAUGAUAACGUCUCAGUUCACUCAACGCGUAUGUGGUGGACAUUUACUUAUGCAAAUGAAAAAAAUAAGACAGCGUAAUCGAGUGCCUUUAUCCCAUGACCUCGCCACUCUGAAUGUUACUCAUCGUUCAAUCUUUAUAAAUCUUAAGGCUUAAAAUAUUUUGGUUCGUGUUUACUUUGCAUUUUUUGAAUACUAGAUACACUUUAAAAAAUCGAGUAUUUGCAAUUUUAAAAAAUAAGGGGCUUAUUGAGCUAUUUAAAAAAUUAGGUUGGUUUUUUUCUUAUUCCUUUUAUACUAGGACGUGGAGAGUGGAUCUCAUAUAUUGAUGGUGGAAUGGGUUGAUCGGAAAACAGUUGGCAAUUUUUCUUUCACAUGCAUACGCCUUUCCCUCCAUUCUUCCCUAUUUCUGGCCUUUGGUCCUCAAAGCCUGCCUUCCUCUCCCGACCGAGGGAAAGCUCCGCCUGCGUCUUCGGUUCAGCCCUUCGCCCUGGCCACUGACCUUUUCUGACUUUCAGUGGCCUUCUCCCCCAUUACUCGUCCCGAAGCCUAACUGACGCGUUCCAGCGCUUUUAUUUCCCGGUCAGUGACCACCAUCCCUGUGCCCUCAGAGCUUCUGCGGACGUCAUUCAUUGUCCAAAAGUCACUUCACGCCCAUUUCUGCUAGACACUCGGUGGAGGAAGCUUCUGUAAGCGGGUUCGCCUUUUCCCAAGCGAGUUCUGUGCUGGACAAAUACCUCCACUUCCCGUUAACAGGGUCGUGCCAACUGAGCCGUCUAAUUUUAAUUUUCCAGUCGGCUCGCUGAAAGGGAUUUCCGCCGCGCCGUUUUUGCCUUGUUUAAGCUUCAGCUUGGAGACACUUAUGCGUUUCCGCCGGCACCGACCCGCGGCUCCACUUUCCCAGCGCCCGUUCUAGCGGGCGCCGGCGCCCCCUACGACCGUGAUCCAAGAUGGCCGCCCCCGUGGGGCACGGCCAGGGCGCGGCCAUGUUGCCGCAGCGGAAAAGCCGGGAUCCAGCUGCCUUUUCUCUAGAAAUGCCUCGGACCCUUGUUGGCCACCGUCCCACGGUGCUGAGGGACGCCGACGAAGUUCAGCGAAGUAAGUUCAGGCGCCGACUGUUCGCCGUGGUGUGUAGCGGAAAUCAGGAAUUCCUGACAUUUGAUGAUGUGGCUGUGGACUUCACCUGGGAGGAGUGGCAGCUCCUGGCCCCCGCUCAGAAGGACCUGUACCGGGACAUGAUGUUGGAAAAUUAUAGGAACCUGGUGUCAGUGGGGUAUCAAGCCAGCAAACCAGAUGCACUCUCCAAGUUGGAACGAGGUGAAGAACUUUGGAUGAUAGAAGAUGAAAUCCACAGUCAAAUCUGCCCAGAAAUCAGGAAAGUUGAUGAUCCUCUGCAGUGUCACUUGCAAAAUCAAAGCAUUCAGAAGAGUGUGGAACAGUGCUGUGAACAUAAUACAUUUGCGAAUAUUCUUAAUCAGAGUGAAAGUCAUUUCCUGUUAAAACAAAAUUAUGAUAUGUUUGACUUAUGUGAAAAACCUUUAAAAUCAAAUAUAAGUUUUGAAAGCCAGAGUAUAAACUGUAACUCAACGAACUCUACUGAGUUUAAUGAAAAUGGGAAAUUCCUUCUUCAUACUAACCAUGAACAAUUUUAUAGUGUAAUAAAAUUUCCUGUAAAUGUAAAACCUAUCAACAAUAAUUCCCAGGUCAUUAAACAGCAAAGAACUCAAAACAUGCAGAAAGCCCACAUAUGUGAUGAAUGUGGGAAAGCCUUUGUCAAGGUGUCUCAGCUCACUGAUCAUCAGAGAGUUCAUACUAGAGAAAAACCUCAUGGAUGCAGUCUGUGUGGGAAGGCAUUCUCUAGAAAAUCCAGGCUAACUGAACAUCAGAGGAUUCAUACAGGCCUGAAACAUUAUGAAUGUACUGAAUGUGACAAAACAUUCCUCAAGAAAUCACAGUUCAGUGUACACCAGAAAACUCAUACGGGACAGAAGUCUUAUACAUGUAACGAAUGUGGGAAAGCGUUCAUCAAGAAGUGUCGGCUUAUUUAUCAUCAGCGAACUCAUACAGGAGAAAAGCCCCAUGGAUGCAGUCUAUGUGAGAAAGCCUUCUCUACAAAGUUUAGUCUGACUACACAUCAGAAAACUCAUACAGGAGAGAAACCCUUUAUAUGCAGUGAAUGUGGAAAAGGCUUCAUUGAGAAGAGGCGUCUUGUUGCACAUCAUCGAACUCAUACUGGUGAGAAACCUUUUAUAUGCAAUGAAUGUGGGAAAGGUUUCACCUUGAAGAACAGUCUUAUCACACAUCAGCAAACUCAUACAGAACAGAAAUUGUAUACAUGCAGUGAAUGUGGAAAAGGCUUUUCAAUGAAGCACUGUCUCAUCGUACAUCAACGAACUCAUACAGGAGAGAAACCCUACACAUGCAAUGAGUGUGGAAAAGGCUUCACCUUGAAGAGUCCUCUCAUCAGACAUCAGCGAACACAUACAGGAGAGAAACCCUACGUAUGUAGUGUAUGUGGAAAAGGCUUUACCAUGAAGAGUGAUCUCAUUGUACAUCAGCGAACUCAUACUGCAGAGAAGCCAUAUAUAUGCAAUGAUUGUGGGAAAGGCUUCACUGUGAAGAGCCGUCUGAUUGUACAUCAGCGCACUCAUACGGGAGAGAAACCUUAUGUAUGCAGUGAAUGUGGAAAAGGCUUUCCAGCAAAGAUACGGCUGAUUGGACAUCAGCGAACUCAUACGGGAGAGAAGCCCUAUAUAUGCAAUGAAUGUGGAAAAGGCUUCACAGAGAAGAGUCAUCUCAAUGUACAUAGGCGCACUCAUACAGGAGAAAAACCCUAUGUAUGUAAUGAGUGUGGCAAAGGCUUAACUGGGAAAAGCAUGCUUAUUGCACAUUUGCGAACUCAUACUGGGGAGAAACCGUAUAUAUGCAAUGAAUGUGGAAAGGGCUUCACCAUGAAGAGUACUCUAGGUAUACAUCAGCAAACUCAUACUGGGGAGAAACCAUACAAAUGCAAUGAAUGUGAUAAAGCCUUCAGGAAGAAGACUUGCCUCAUACAACAUCAGAGAUUUCACACAGGAAAAACUUCCUUUGCAUGUACUGAAUGUGGAAAAUUUUCUUUGCGUAAAAAUGAUCUCAUUACCCAUCAGAGAAUUCACACAGGAAGAAACCGUAUGAAUGCAGUGAAUGUGGGAAAGCUUUCACCACAAAGUCAGGGCUUAAUGUUCAUCAGAGAAAACAUACAGGAGAGAGGCCCUAUGGAUGCAGUGAUUGUGGGAAAACUUUUGCCCACUUGUCAAUCCUUGUUAAACAUAAGAGAAUUCACACAUAGUCACUUUGGGAUAACCUGUUGUCAGUUGCGAGCGAGCAGAGCGCACUUCCGGGGGAACGGAGCUCUCAGGCCCCGAGCUAGCAGAGCGCACUUCCGGCGGGACCAGAGCGCGCCCGACGCGCUGCCUGCAGCCCGCGACGCCGCAGCGCUGGCGGGGAGGGCGCGGAGAGCGUUGCAGGCAGACGCGGUCCGGGGAGCCCUCAGAGGCUGGGGGUCUGUAAAAGUAGAUCCAGAAGACGCAAAGGAGAGUUUUCCCACUGCCAGCGGUUUUCAGGGUGCAGAAAAAAUGAUCCAGGCCCAGGAAUCCCUGACAUUUGAUGAUGUGGCCGUGGACUUCACCUGGGAGGAGUGGCAGCUCCUGGUCCCUGCUCAGAAGGAGCUGUACCGGGACGUGAUGUUGGAGAACUAUAGGAACCUGGUGUCAGUGGGUUCUCACACCAGCAAACCAGAUAUGCUCUCCAGGUUUGAUCAAGGAGAACCAUCAUGGACAGUGGAAGAUGACAUCGCCUGUCGAACCCGUUCAGAAAUCUGGAAACUUGAUGACUAUUUGCCAGAGCACUUACAAAAGGAAAUCAUGGAGAAUAGUCUAGAACGAUGGCACAAACAUAAAACAUUCGAAAAUGUUCAUCAGAGCACAGCUCGUUGCAUGUUAAGGCAAAGUCAUGAUAUGUAUGACUUAUAUGGAAAAACUAUGAAACCAAACUUAACUUUACUUCACCAGAGCAGAAGCGAUGAAGUAAAGAAUCCUGCAGAUCUUACUGGAGAUGGAAAAUCCUUUCUACAUGCUAAUAAUGAAAAAUUUCAUCCUAAAAUUAAAUUCCCUGAAAACAGAAAACUCAUCAGUACUAAGUCCCAAUUCAUCAGGCAUCAGAAAACGCAAAAAAUAGACAAGCCUCAUGUAUGCAAUGAAUGUGGGAAAGCCUUCAUCAAGAAGUCCUGGCUCACUGAUCACCAGAUCAUUCAUACAGGAGAGAAACCCCACCGGUGUAGUCUGUGUGGGAAGGCAUUCUCCAGAAAGUUCAUGCUCACUGAACACCAGAGAACACAUACAGGAGAAAAACCUUAUGAAUGCACUGAAUGUGGCAAAGCCUUCCUCAAGAAAUCACGGCUCAAUAUACAUCAGAAAACACACACAGGAGAGAAACCAUAUAUAUGUGGUGAAUGUGGAAAAGGCUUCAUCCAGAAGGGAAAUCUCAUUGUACAUCAGCGUAUCCAUACUGGAGAGAAACCUUAUAUAUGCAGUGAGUGUGGGAAAGGCUUCAUCCAGAAGACGUGCCUGAUAGCACAUCAAAGAUUUCACACAGGAAAGACUCCCUUUGUGUGCAGCGAAUGUGGAAAAUCCUGUUCCCAGAAAUCAGGUCUCAUUAAACAUCAAAGAAUUCACACAGGAGAGAAACCCUUUGAAUGCAGUGAAUGUGGGAAAGCCUUUACCACAAAGCAAAAGCUUAUCGUCCAUCAAAGAACUCACACAGGCGAAAGACCCUAUAUCUGCAAUGAGUGUGGGAAAGCUUUUGCCUACAUGUCUUGCCUUGUUAAACAUAAGAGAAUACACACAAGAGAGAAAUGCAGAGAUUCAGCCAAAGUGGAAAAUCAUCCCUCAGAGAAUCACAGCUUAUCACAGACUAGUGGUGCCAUGCAGGAGAAAGACCUUGUCAGUACAGUGACUCUGCAGGUGCCUUCUGUGGCUUGUCAGACGCCACUAAACGUCAGUGGGCUCUUAGCAAAUAGGAAUGUGGUCAUAGUGGGACAGCCUGCAUCCAGAUGUGCACCCUCGGGAGACAACAGAGGAUUUGCCCAGGACAGAAACCUUAUGAAUGCAGUGAAUGUGGUCAUGCCUUCAGUGGUCAAUUAUGUCUUAUUUUAUGUCGCAGAAAACCAGUAGGAGAAAGCUCAGAGACCUUCUAUGUGGAGAAGGGUUGAGCAAAAAUUACUAGGUCAUAUUAUGGCUGAAAAGUAUAUACUGAGGGAAAUUGUAUAAAUCCUGAGGCUGGGGAAGCUUGAUCUCAUCCUAUUAAAAAUAUGCCUUGAUACAGAAGCAUAAUCCGAUGUUAACCCAGAUACAUACAGCUCAAUUGCUGUAUUGUGUCUGUUAAAGGAAUGAAGGAAGUCUGAGUUCAAUAAGUGAAGGAAACAAGUAGGUGAAUUUUAAAAACACACAAGAAAAUUUGUAUCUGGAAUGCUGCUAUGAAUGAAAAGGGCUAACACUGGGUGGGUGGGUAUGGGGCACGUGUGUAUCAAUUCAGUUUCUGCAGGCCAAGGUGAAGGAUUAAUUGGAAACUGGGAUGUCUGCUGUAAAUUCUUAGAAGUUUAUUUCGCGCAGAGGCACUUAUGAAACAGCAGCCUUAGAUUGAAUCAGUUCAUUCAUUUACUGAGUAUUUGCUAAUGCUGCUUGUUAAUACCUGUUUGAGGAGGUGAGGAUUCAUUGGUGAACAAAACAGAAAAAGGCCGUGGUCUCUUGGAGAGAGCAUUGAGGUAACUGGAUUAUCUUUAAGUGGUACAUUUACACCAGCUAAUCUAGUAAGAGGAUGUAAAUAUCUAUUCCACGUGAAAUAGAUACUGUCUUGGUUCAUUCUGGUUGCUGUAAAAGCAUACUGUAGCCUGGAUGGCUUAUAAAAAGAGAAAUUUAUUUUAAAAAAGUGCAAAGCUCGUAUAUAAUGAAAAUUUUAAAACUUUCUAAAUAAUAUAUGAGAAGUCUUGAAUAAAUAAUGAAAGAAAAAAAUUUAUUUCUGUUUUGGAAGCUGCAAGGUCGAAGAUCAAGGUGCUGGCAGAUCUGGUGUCUGUUGAAGUUCUGCUUCCUAGCUCACAGAAGGCAGUCAUCUCCCUGCGUCCUCACAUAGGGGAAGGAGAGAGGCGUUCUCUGGGAUGCCUUACAAGGGCUCUAAUCCCAUUCACGACUGUUCUGCCGUCAUGACCUAAUCACCUCUCAAGGGCCCACUUCUUAAUACCAUCAUAUUAGGGAUUAGGAUUCAAUAUAGGAAUUUUGGGGGGACACAAACAAUCCAUAGAAGAUAACGGAGUACAGAAGUCCCCUCUUAUUUGUGGGGGAUAUGUUCUGAGACCCCUAGUGGAUGGCUGAAGCUAGGAUAGUACUGAAGCCUAUAUACAGUAUGUUUUUUCUUAUAGAGACACACCUAUGGUAAAGUCUAAUUUAUAAAUUAGGCAUAGUAAGAAUUAACACCAAAACUAAUAAAAUAGAACAAUGAUAACAAUACACUGUAAUAAAAGUUAUGUGAAUGUGGUCUCUCUCUCAAAACAUUUUAUUGUCCUGUACUCACCCUUCUUCCUGUGAUGAUGUGAGAUGAUAAAAUGCCUACAUGAUAUGAAGUGACGUGUAGGAAUUGUGACUUAGGUUUAGGCUACUGUUGAUGUCUGCUUCCAGACCACCUUUGACUUCAGGUAACUGAAACCCCUGAAAGUGAAACCAUGGAUAAGUGGUGACCAGUGUAAUUGGCUCAAGGUGUUAUGAUAAUUUCUUGUUCAAGGGGUAUAUUACUUCAGUGGAGGGCCAGGACUCUUAAUGGAUUUUAAAGUACCAUAGGAUAUAAGCAAGUUAUUUUUUUAAUGUCCAUGUCUUUUUUUUUAAAGAUUUUAUUUAUUUGACAGAGAGAG